CAAAGCUCCUGCCACAAGUCUCGUGGACCCCAGAACCCCUAAACAGACUCUGCGGUGGGUUUUAAUUCCUGAUCCGGAGCUUUGUGCCCUGUGGCAAACAUUGCUGGCGCCGGCUGAACAUGUUUCUCACACAAGCGUGGCCUCUAGGUCACGGCGCGUCAUCUCCUCAGGCGCAAGAGGGAGCUGUGAGCUUGGGAGCAGGGAGAAGCAAGCAAUGAAGCUGUGGGGGAUUGAAGAAUAGCACAAAAUAACCAGAGAUUUUUUUCCUCCGGUUAUCUCGCGAUGAGUUUUCCUGUGGCGAGGAUGGCACCGCUUAGCUGUUCCCUUCCAGGCGUUUCCCAAGAGGACACACGAGCUCAGUUCCUCAUCCCCGUGGGUUCCUUAGGCCGCAACAGAGCCGAAGCCUCGCUGGAGCGGGCGCAGAACCUCAAUCCCAUGGUGGACGUAAAAGCUGACCCCGAGAGCGUGGAGAGCAAGCCCGAAGAGUUCUUCACCCAGUUCGACGCAGUCUGCCUAACCUGUUGCUCCCGGGAUGUUAUGGUGAAGAUCGACCAGAUUUGCCACAAGAACAGCAUCAAGUUCUUCACCGGCGAUGUUUUCGGCUACCAUGGCUAUAUGUUUGCUGACCUCGGGGAACACGAAUUUGUGGAAGAGAAAACCAAGGUCGCCAAAGUCAGCCCAGGUGUGGAAGAUGGGCCGGACACCAAAAAAGCCAAACUUGACUCGGAGACCACCAUGGUGAAAAAGCGCGUGGUUUUCUGCCAGCUGAAGGAAGCCCUGGCCGUUGACUGGAGCGGGGAGAAGGCGAAGGCGGCACUGAAACGCACCACCCCGGAUUAUUUCCUCCUCCAAGUGCUGUUGAAGUUUCGUACGGAUAACGGCCGGGAUCCUUCCCCCCAAAACUACACCGACGACUCAAAGCUGUUGCUCCAGAUCCGCCAUGAUGUCCUGGAGUCGCUGGGAGUCAGCACCGACCUGCUGCUGGACGAAUUCGUCAGCUACUGCUUCUCCGAAAUGGCUCCUGUCUGCGCUGUGGUCGGAGGCGUCCUGGGCCAGGAGGUGGUCAAGGCCCUGUCCCAGCGGGACCCCCCCCACAACAACUUCUUCUUCUUCGACGGCAUCAAAGGCAACGGGAUCGUGGAGUGCCUGGGCCCCAGCUGAGCUCGGGGCAGGUUUGGGGGGGGGUUGAGCCCCCCCACUUUUGGUUUGGGGGGGUUGGGAUGGUAAACCACCCCCCCCCCCAGCGGUAAUGGGCUAAAUUUGGGGUGUGGCUGGCACCCUGUACUUCUGUAUGGGGUUUUUUGGGUUAAUAAAAUCUUAUUUCUAAAAAGUG